AUGUCCGCCGCUGCACGCCAGCGUCUCCAGGCUUUAAGUCGACAGCUUGUGGAGGGCAUUCCGGACGAGGGCACCUUUGAGGGCAUUCCCCGAGUUCGCCAUGUUGCUUCAGACUCAGCUGGCCCCCGUACAAAGGACAAAGUAGUAAUCGUGACUGGUGCCAACUCACCGAACGGUAUUGGCCGGGCUAGUGCGCAUCAAUUUGCCAAUAAUGGAGCUAAGGCAGUUUAUAUCUGCGAUUAUAGCGACACCCACCUCGCAACCCACAAGCGGGAGAUGGAAUCUCUCUACCCAGGAGUCGAUGUGCAUGUACGACAAUUUGAUGCAGCGGAUGAGAAGGCCCUGGUGGCCGUUAUCGAUGAAGUGAUCGCCAAAUACGGCCGCUUAGAUAUCUUUUUCGCCAAUGCCGGAAUAGUGGGACAGCCGAAGAUGUUUACAGAUCUUGAUGGAGACGGGUUCAUGAACACAAUGAAAACCAAUGCCCUUGGUGUGUUCCUCGCAGCCAAGCAUGCCGCUCCAGCUAUGAAAGUGACCUCCGCGUCUAAGCCACACCCAAGCGGCUCAAUUAUCUGCACCGCAUCGGUUGCUGGAUUACGAUCUAAUGCCGGCUCAACAGAUUAUUCUGCUUCUAAAGCUGCAGUCAUAUCUAUCGCGCAAACAACCUCGUAUCAGCUUACAGGUACCGGUAUCCGGGUCAAUGCCAUUUGUCCCGGUUUGAUCGAGACGGGUAUGACGCAGUCCGUAUUUGACCAUGCACGGAAACGCGGUACAGAGCGCAAGAUUGGACAAUUGAACCCCACUCAGCGUGGUGCUGUUGCUGAUGAGGUCGCACGGGUGGCGCUAUUUUUGGGUAGCGAUGAGAGUAGCUACGUGAAUGGGCAGGCUUGGGCUGUGUGCGGUGGGUUGAGUGCUGGACACCCUUUCGUUCCUGGAAAGCUGGCAUAA